AUGUCCGUCACUUGGUUCCCUCCCGCCAAGUUCAUUGGCAGGAAGGUGUCCUUCGACGACCCCUACCGGUGCACCUGGAGGCUGGAGCGCAAGCUGACCGAGAACACGCAUGGCAUCAUCGGCAACGACAACGCUCGGGAAGCGCGCGCGGUGUUUGUCGGGUCGAGAGUCGACAAGCCUACGGGGGAGGAGGCGAUUAUCAAGAUCCGGAUGCAAAUCCCACAAACCAACACCGAAACCCAACCACCCAGUAAGCGCGCCCAACAGGCCAAACACACCAUGCUCCCCUUUGCCAGAGACGAGGUUUCCGCUCUCGAGUCGCUAACAAAACAGGGCUGUACCAGCGCCCCGACGCUGCUGAGCUGGAAGCUGGAGAAACAGGGGCCCCGAAUGUGGGUUCCCGGCGGGCCGAUUGUCUUCAUCCUCAUGGAGAAGCUACCGGGUAUCUGUCCGGGGGAUGGCGUGGUGGACAUCUUCCUUUCGCUGAAGAGGGAGGAGAGGGAUGAACUUAGGGAGGCGUUUAAGAGGGCUUGGCUGGAAUGCGCCUCCUACGGACUUAUCAAUUCCGAUGCCAGUCUCAACAAUCUUAUGUGGGACCGUGAGAAGAAGAAGUGCUACAUUAUCGAUUGGGAGUCGACCUGGGAGACCGAUCCUGCUGCACAGCCGUGCUUCGAUCACGAAUUCCUCCGAUGGGGGUUGUUUGAGGGCGAUGAGGGAGAUCCGGAGUUGUGGGAAUACUAA